AUGGUCCUCGAAGAAGCAACGAACAACCGCGAGCCCAACUCGUUCGGCGAACUGCCUACACCCGAUGACGGCAACGAUGCUCAGACACCGACCCGCUACCACAUCAAGCUCGAUCAGCUGCCCCGCCCUGUCAACCUGUUCAUGGUCCCGGUCCGAGACGAUGCCAUAGUCAAAACCAUCCUACGAAGUUGUCACGAAGCUCAGCACGUCAUACAGCGCCCCUUGCGCCAGGAUGAGGUCGACGCCAUCAGCUACCACUUUGCAAAGUCCCUACGGACCGUCUCAUGGGGUCCGCCAGUGGGCAUGGCCGGUGGUGCCAUCGCUGCAUACCGUUCCAUGAGCAACUUCCGUUUUCCUGGUUACACUCCCAAGCCCGAGGCCGAGGGCGGUAACUUCAACCCUGAGCGCUUUGGUCCCGUGCGUGGACAGAUGGCUCGUUACGCCUGGCACACGCUGCGUUUCCAAAUGUACGGUGCUGUUGGUUUCAUGACUGGCGCCCUCUUGUUUGCAAGCUACGCCACCUCUGUCAAUGCAGUCGAGACCGGCUCGGAUCCUCGCAUGAAAGAUUACAUUGAGGCGCUCAAGGAACGUGCUCAGAGACACACUGGUCAGAUGCAACCUCAAGGUCAGCGUAACCCCAUCAUGAGCCAGGAAGGUCGUCUGGAUCAACAAGCACAACGUGCAUCGCAAAGACUUGGUAUGGAAGAUGCUUGGAAGCGCCAGGAUGUCCAGCGCAAGGUUUCUGACUACGAUGAUAUGAGUCCUACUGGCGGUGCUUGGAUGGACGACUACAAGCAGGAAACUCAAGACACAGGACUCUUGACAGAUGAUCAGCUGAAUGCUCGCGCCCGCAAAGAGCAGUCGAACGCGGAUCGCGCCGAGCGUGCUGAGGAGUCGAGAGUUGCCGCCCAGGCUCAGUCUCGUGUCGAACAGUCACGGAGGAAUAACAGCACCAGUGAGAACGCAUCUCCAGUCGGCCCCCCGCAGCCUGCACCUGCUGCUCGCUCAGGCAGCACUUGGGACCGCAUUCGACAGGAGUCUGCUGGCUUCAAGGGUUCUCCACGUCAGUCACCAACCAACACUCCGCAGAUCAGAAGCGAACAGCAAGAGGGUUCAACACUAGGCGAUUCAUUCUCCUUUUCUUCGACAGACGAAGAGAGACAACUAGCCAAGGUCGAAGCCCAGAAAGAAUUCGAUGCAAGAGUGGAGAGAGAACGUCAAGGAGGUGACUUUUCCGAGAGCGGCGGCAAGGGAGGAUGGAGAAGAUGA